AUUUUCAAACUUUAAGCUCAUUAUAAUUCAUUUAAGAGCCUUGGACGAAAAUUCCUGAUUCUAAAUAUAAAAUAACCGAGGAAUUCGUCACAACUGCAUAAACCCACAGGUGAAACUGCGAUUAUACUCAAACCGAGCCUGCAGCGCGUUUCGCAACAUAAUUAAUUUGUGCGUGGUUUUAAUCAAUUGUAGUCAAAAUCAGUUCGCUAGUUUUUGAAAAAAAUCCAGUUAAAAAAAUACCCAAAUUUGGUGAUAAACCGGAACCCGGAGAACCCGGAGUCACCUGUCAAAUCGUCGAAGAUUCCAGAUCUCUGUGUCUGUGUCAUUAUAAAACGGUUCAAAUCUUGCGAUUAGUUAGUGAGUUAGCAGAAUUAUUGCGCCAAAAUGACCUCAAACAAGGUGGAGUUGUACAUUUACGACCUGUCCAAAGGGAUGGCAGCGGCCCUUUCGCCUAUGCUCAUAAACAAAAAAAUCGACGGAAUUUGGCACACAGCGAUUGUCGUUUACGGUCGCGAGUAUUUUUUCGGCUCACAUGGCAUUUCCAGUUGUAAUCCGGGUACGACCGCUUUGGGGCAGCCCUUGCGCGUGUUAACUCUUGGCGAGACCCAGGUCCCUUAUUCAGUAUUCAUCGAUUACAUAAACGGUCUCAGCGAAUCAACUUGGGCGGGCCCAACUUACGAUCUUUUUCACCACAACUGCAACAACUUCUCGGAGGAAAUCGCCCAGUUUUUGUGCGGUUGUAGCAUCCCGAAAUAUAUCCUCGAUUUACCAAACGAGGUUCUUAGUUCGUCUCUAGGACCAGCGAUACCGCUUUUGGUGUCACAGUUGGAGAAAAGUGCAAGACCUAUAGCCGAAGAACAGGAAAGGGCGAGGGAGAAUAGCCCCGAUUUGGAACAGUUGAAUUCACAAAUUGAAGAAGUCAGGUACCGGUCAUUUUUGCUCGAACAGCGCCGCAAAACAAUCAAAGAAAAGCUCGCUAAGAAAGACCGGAAGAAGGAAAAAAAACGCAAGAAGUUGCAAAGUCAAGGUAGUGCAAUCCCGGUCGAAUUAGAAGAAGUCGCAAUGGCCGAACCUGAAGUAAACGGCGCCGAGAGUCGGCUACCAACCGACCAAGUCAUGGAUUUGGAAGAGGAAGAAAGACGCGAAGAAGAAGAAAAGAAAAAAUCGCGGGAACCCCCGGUCGUCUACAAAGACCUACUUGAUGCCAAAACCGAGUUCGACGCUCUUCUGGGUUUGGUCGAUGGGAAGUUGUCCGAAGAGGAGCAGCGAUCGAUGGAAGAGCUGCAAGUUUACAUGAUUGGGGAUGAGGGGAGUUGGGCCUUAAGUGACGGGUUUUUGACUUUUAUUGGGCGUUUGCUUCACGACAAAAACUUGCCAAAUGAGGUGCGUGUCCGCACUUUGAAUAUUCUGGCCCUUGCUGCGUUGAAGGACGAUGUCAUUUUGGUUUUGCAUCAGGAUCGCAAAGACCAUGUUUUGAUGAACUAUGCCUUUGAUAUUGAUAGGCACAGCCCUGAGGAGCAGGAGGCUUUGGCUCUUUUUGUUGCCAACAUGUUUGAAAAUUUGAGUUCGUCAGAAUGGCUGAUGUAUAUCUCGGAGUGGAGUUACAAUAACCAACAAACUAGCAAUAUUAGGGUCACUACUAAAGUGGCAGUUCAUUCGUUGUUGUCCGACUUGCCUCUCCUGCAAGAACGGGGCACUGCGAUCAUCCAUAAUCUCGCCUGCAAGGAGAAAAUGUUUAAAAAUUUUCGCCUGCGCCAGCUUUUACCCAAAGGCAGUUUAUCAAAGGUGUUUGACGACGUUGCCGUCGAGUUGACGAUGGCUUUAUUGCAAUUCUUCAAUUCGAAACCGAACGAAGAGCAUUUGUUCCGUUGCAUGAAGGCUUUGAGCAAGUUUGUGCAAAUUUCAGCACAGGAAGUCCCGCAAUUGAUACAAAUGAUCGGGCCUGAUCCAAGGUCCUUCAAGGGCACUAGCGAACGAAUCGAUCAGCUUAUUGAGCAAAUCGGCGCCAAAUUGCGCUAGGUUUUGUUAGGUAAUCAAGUGUUGUUUAUGUUGUUUAACACGUUUAACAUUUUUUACCGUUUUUAUUUAUUUGUAUUUAUGGAAUUGUUUAAUCGCAUUGUGGAAUUAUUAAGAAAUAAAAGGAUUUAUCGUUA